AUAAACAAAAACUCUUAAUUAAACAUAAUCUAACAACAAAUUACACAUUUCCUUGCAAAUUUAAAAAAAUGUUAAUGCAAAUUAUUAAACUACAAAAUAAUAAGGCAGCUCUAACAUCUAACAAAGUGGCAGCUCUAUAAUGACAGCUGUUUGUCAAUUUUUAUUAUUAUUUGUAAACAUCAUGCACCUGCUAGGAAAUAUCUUAGCAACCGGUAAAUAAAUAACAAUUUCAAACAAAAUUCCAGAAAAAUCCUAACAAAUAAGAUCCAAUAAUAAAAAAGGAAAUUACUAAAAUCUAUCACACAACAUGGACAAACCUCAAAUGAUAGAACAUCUUCACCAGGCGGUAAAUUACACCGUCUAUGACACCAAAUGGAUACCUUGUUCGGCCAAAUUUGUGGUUUUGGGUUCCAAGCCCAAUAGUCAGGGUAUAUUGGAGAUAUACGAGUUAAAUGAGAACAAAAUGGAUAAAGUGAAGUCGAUAGAGAAAAAAUCAGCCUUUAAAUGUGGUUCCUUUGGGGCUUCUCUAAGAAACAGACACCUGGCCAUAGGUGAUUUUCAAGGCAGAUUGCAGGUUCUAGAUUUAGAGCGUCCCGAGAUUCCGGUCUAUAAUGUAGAGGCUCAUUCCUCUAUUAUUAACUGCAUAGAUGCUUUGGGUGGCAAGCAAAUGGACUGUGGUGCUCCGGAGAUAGUGACGGGUAGUCGUGAUGGUUCGGUUAAAGUAUGGGAUAUUAGACAGGGACAAGGCCCCGUAGUGGAUAUGACUCCUGAGACAUCUACCGGAGAUUCAAAUUCCUUAAAUCCUAAACGUGACUGCUGGGCUGUGGCCAUAGGCGAUAGCUACAACAAUGAGGAAAGAUGUGUAGCCGCCGGCUAUGACAAUGGAGACCUGAAACUAUUCGACUUACGUCAGCUGUCCGUAAGAUGGGAGACAUCCCUUAAAAAUGGCAUCUGUGGCAUAGAAUUCGAUCGUAAAGAUAUACCCAUGAACAAAAUGGUAGUGACCACAUUAGAAGGAGGCCUAUUAGUGUACGACAUGAGGACUCAACACCCUUCUAAAGGCUUUACAUGUCUAGAGGAACGUAAUGCUGGUAGAUCGGUGGGUUCAAAUGGUGUUAUUACCGGACCCAAGGCCACCGUGUGGUGUGCCAAGCAUUUACCACAAAAUCGUGAUAUAUUUGUGACCUGUGGCGGCACGGGUUCUUUGCGUUUAUGGAAUUAUGAAUAUCCUGAGAAAAGAAGUAAAGAAGGAACAGAUGGUUAUAGUGAGGGUGUUGCGGGUUCUCUACAUAUGCUACAUGCUUCUACUUUGUCCACACAACCGGUCCAUUGUUUUGAUUGGCAUCCUGAUAAAAUGGGCUUAGCGGUAUGCGGUGCAUUUGAUCAAAGUGUUAGAGUGUUAGUGACCACAAAACUUAAUUUAUAUUAAAAUUAGUUAAUAUUGUUUAUUGAGUAUAAAAAUGGAUUGUUGGUUAAAUAAAGAAGGAUCCUACUCCCUAUUUAGAUAUAAAAA